UUGAGGAAAGCUGUCAAAAUUGUCACCUGUUAACUUCCUUGUUGCUUGGCGGUGAUACAAAUACUUUUCACGACUUUCCGUGGACGAUUUACAGAAGUCACACAGCUGAGAGAAUAUACUAGUUUUAGAGAAACUGAAAUCGUCAUCGAAGUAUAAUUGGAAAAGUGUACAAAGGACUGUGUGACUUUUAAUUCGAUUAUUUGUUGCAGUGAUCUACAUUUUAAAAAAUAAGACUGGGUACAUGUAGGCCUAUAACCAACGAACAUGAGAGGAAUGGGUUUGUGCUUGAUCAUUAUUCAUAUCGUUGCAUUCACCUUCGCUGCCAAUGCGACGCCAGAUUCACAAAGGAUAUGGAAGUUCUGCUUCAGGCAGUUGUGUCUCUGUCCCACGGCGUACUUCGCGAAGUGCACUGAUCACGGGAACAACUUGACCUACAUUCCAGCACUGAACAGUAGCAUUGUGGGACUUAACUUCUCGUUCAAUCACCUGGACUCGGUUACUCAACACACAUUCCUCAACGUUUCAGCACUGAAAAUUACUGUUCUCGUUUUAAGGUCGAACAAUAUCAACUUCAUGACACCUGACGCGUUUUGUAAGCUGAAAUACCUUCAAAAGUUAGAAUUAAGCGGAAACCCAGUCGGUCUUGCAUCACUGAAAGGAGUUCUGCAGUCCCUAUGGACACUGCCGAUACAAAUGUUAUCAAUCAAUCACAUGGAGUAUGGCGACCUGUUAUAUGAAGCCAUCGCCGUCCUAAACUCCACAACACUGACGGAGAUUCACAUGGAUUGGAGUCGUCUAACGUAUUACAAUCAAACGUCAUUCAAACAUAUACCCAAUCUUGAACAUUUAGAUUUAGAUAACAAUGCCAUAUCCUCUGUCUUGGUGGAUCACUCUCCGUUUCCCAAAAUUUUAAGUGUUAUGUUUAACAGUUUUUUUACAUUUCCUAACUUUUGCGACAGUGGUACACAUCUCGUUUUGACUGAUCUAUUUCUUGAUCAUAACCGGAUUACCGAUUUAGACGAAGAAAGUAUGAAUUGUCUGAAAGACCUAAAAAUUCUGUCGCUCAAUACAAAUCCUAUUAAACAUAUCAGAAAAAAUGCUUUUAUGAUGCUUCAUUCCCUGCAGGUUUUAAUACUGAGAGCAUUAAAUGGACCGCUGAAGAAUAUUGAACACUUUGCCUUCAACAAUACUAAACUCUUUCGGAUAGAUAUAAGGGACAAUGAUCUUAAUAUGCAGGCAGUGAGUCCGCGCAUGUUCUGGGGCUGUGUGAAUCUAAAGAGGCUGUCGAUGUCCUACAACCGCUUCCAUUACAUUACUGAGACUGCGAUGGAGGAAUUGUUUGAACCUCUAAAACAUUUAACAUAUCUGGAACUUGGGAACUGUGGCUUACAGACUAUACCUAACGUCGUAACUACGAAUUUAACCGAACUGAAGUGGUUAAGUUUGUACAAGAAUUACAUAAAAGUGUGGCCACCUGGUACGUUUGCCCCUCUGAGAUCGCUAACUGAUUUGUAUCUGAUGGGUAAUUUGAUUGGAAGCAUACAGGAAGAUUCAUUUCCACCAGAGUUUCGUCAACGGCUGAAACACAUUAACCUAGCAGAAAAUCCAUUUUCUUGUACCUGCGACCUGCUGUGGUUCCUCAACUGGUUCAAGACUAACAGGACAAUUUUCAAGGAAAUGGACCACUCAUACAUAUGUUCCUCGCCACUGUCAGUUCAGAACGUCCAGCUCACGGACAUUCAAUUAUCAGAAGAGAAAUGCCUGAUCGCAGUGACCACAGCAUUUGCUAUUGUGGCUGUCGCGUCUUUCGGCAUGCUUUUGACAAUUGUCGUUUCACUGCUAUAUCGCAAACGCUGGUCACUAAAACAUUACUGGUACAUGCGAGGUCACAGACAGAGACGACACCUGGAGAUAGAACGGGACUACACUUACGAUGUCUGCGUUAUCUACUGUGAAGAGGACCUGGAGUGGAUUAUACAGGAGAUGCUACCAUUUCUUGAAGACACUAAAGGACUAAAACUCUGUGUCGAGGAACGGGAUUUUAUUCCAGGGAAGCCGAUGAUAGACAGCAUAGCAGAAUCUGUGCUCUGCAGUCGCGGGUUUAUUUUGGUAGUGUCCAAUUCGUUUAUGGAGGAAGAAUGGUGCCAGUUUCAACUGCAGGUGGCCAUUCAGCACAACAAUGCUCGUGACCUUGACCUUUUCGUGGUAAUUCUUCUCGAGGAAGUGGAUCGCCGCCACAUGACCCCAGGACUGUAUGCAGUUCUACGAACGAGAGACUACAUACGCUGGCCUGCAAGUGAAGAAGACAGGGCAAGGCUUUGGGAGGAUGUUUAUCGGGAAAUCAUUCACUAAAUACAUACGAACCUUUUAGAAACGUCGGACUAGCGCUAGUAACUGAACAGCAACGAAUGGAUAUUUAAUGACACCGCAACAAUAUACAUGUAAUUGUGAAAAAUCCACUACCAAAGAAACAUUUACUAGCCUGUCAGAAUUUUAGCUAACAAGAGAGAGAGAGAGAGAGAGAGAGAGAGAGAGAGAGAGAGAGAGAGAGAGAGAGAGAGAGAGAGAGAGAGACAAACAGACAGACAGACA